AAAAUUAGAACGGCUAAAUUUUUUACUAUCCUUAAUGAAUAAUUAAAUUUGUUAAUAUACAAUUAAUCAUAAAUUAAAAAAUAAUUUCAUCAAUGUGAUAAAUAUCACUAUCCAAAAUAGUUUAUAUUGUGUUAUAAAGUCUUUACUAACUCUAUUGAAUAAUUAAAUUUGUUAAUAUGUAAUUAAUCAUAAAUUAAAAAUCAAUUCAAUUGAUUUGACAAUUAUCAUUAUAUAAAAUUAGUUUAUAUUGUAUUAUCUAAAAAAAUUGUAAAUAAAAUUUUAAAAGCUAGAUAACUCCUUAUAUAUUAUAUAAUUUUAUGUAUAUAUGAGUGUUUUCAAAUUUACUUUACGCAGUAAAAAAAUAAUUUUAUUAGACUAAAAACUUCGAAAUAUGUCAAGAAUUUGAUAUAAGAUAUUUAAUGUAUUACUAAAUAUUUCUAACUCAUGAAUGUUUCAAGUUUAAUUUAUGUUAUAAUAAAAAUUUGUAUAUAAAAAUAUUUAUUAUUAAAUAUUUUGAACGUAUAAAAAUAUUUUAUUCUAAUGGUAUUUGAAUUGAUAAUAUAUCUAUUUAUAAGUGAACCCAUAUACAAAUGAUAUAGAAGUAUUAGUACCAAGUAUUAGUAUAAGUAUACAAAUUAUUGUGUGGCUACUGAUACCAUCAAAUAUAUAAUUGUACAUUGUAAAAUUGGCUCAUAAUCACCUGAUUAUUAAUACUAUGUUUGUAUUAUAUUCCAUCUUCUCUGGCUUUCUCCAAUUCAUAAUGAACAUACAAAUUAAAAAAAAAAUACAAUGUAAUCGUUUUGUUUCUUCCUCUUUGCUCUCCCUCAUUUCUUAAUAAUUUUCUUUCUCGUUUAUCUGUUGAACAUCAACUUACAUCUUGUAUUUUCCUUAAGUUUUUAUAGAUGUCUUCAUCUUAUGAUAAUGGUUUUUAUUCAUUUGAAAAUCAGUUUUUUUUUUUCUGGUGUGUUAUUUUAAGCUUUACUCAAUCUUCAGUCCCAAAUGUGAGUAAUGAAGAUAUAGAGUUAGGAAGUAUUGAUGAUGCUAUCGACAAUGAACAUCAAGAAGUACAGUUAGAACACGAAGUGUAGAAUUCAUGUACUUAUGAAAAGUUUCUUAUUUGUGCUAGGGGAAAUUGAGUGUAUUAUUUGCUUAGAAGAAUUUGCAUCUAGAAUGUUUUAUGAACAACAAUCAAACUGAAGAAGUUAAUGUUUUCUAAAUUUUUAAUGAAUUUUAGUUUUGGAUAAUUUGUUAUUUAGUUAAAACCUAAAAACUUUUAUAUAUUAUUUAUUUUUAGAUUGUAAAUUUAUUAUUUUAUUUUAUCACAUACUUUGCUUAUAUUUUGCUAAUGUUUACUUAUAUUUUGCUUAUGUUUUGUUGAAAAAAAAUAAUGUUUACCAUUGACAAAAAAACAAUAAUGUUUAAACAACCCAAUUUUCUAGGCGACUGUCAAACACUUGUCAAAUAAAUGAACCAAUUAAUUAUAUGCACUAACUUAAUGGAUAUUUGAAUCGAUAAUGUAUUACUUAUAAAGAUUUGUAAAAUUAUUAUGUCCGCACGUGCGGGUUUAAUACCUAAUUUAUUGUUAAAAUAAAAAAAUUCACACAGAAUAAUACCCAUUCGUUUUAUAAUACACUAAAAAUAUCAUAAAAAUACACAAACUAUAUCAAAUAAACAUAUUUUUUUCUAAAACAUACACUAAAAACAUCAUCCAAAUAUGAAAGUUUUUCAAACAAAAAAAUUCUCUUUGGUUUCUAUAAUAUCAUUGUUAUUAAAUUUGAUUGUUUUAAUGAUGGAGAAAUUAUGUAAGAGACCAUCACUGAUAGUGGACUUAUCUUAUUUUUCUAUAUUUAAAAAUUGAAUCUAAAUCUAAAUCUUAAGAAACCGUAAAAUUACGAGUAUCCAAAAAUAUCUAAAAAACAAAUAUGUAAUCUGAUUAUUUUUGAAUAAUUUCAAGAUAUAUGGAUAUUAUUUUUAGAUAUAUUCAGAUAUAUAUAUUCUGGUACAAAAAGUUAUGACUACCCCAUCCACACUAAUUGCAUUCAAGUUGCUUACGUAAGAUCAGUUGAUACAACGUAAACACUUAAAAUAUCACCACUAUACUCGGGUCCCGACAAGUGCUCUCGAUCCAAAAAAAGACACGACACAAAGUAUCCUCAAAGUUUGGAGAAAAACACUCUCUUCCUCACGCCAAAUAAAAGACACCAAAUCAAACUUACAGAUCUCAACUCUAUAUAAACCUCACACCAUAUAUCCAUAACCAAGCAUCCUCAUCUACCAUCAUCAAUCAACACAAUGUCUUCUUCUACCUCACUAACACUCUUCUUCUUCUUCGCUUCUGCCUUCCUCUACACUCCAUCAGACUCAUUCAACAUCACAACCAUCUUAAGCCAAAACAAAGACUUCUCCACUUUCAACAAACUCCUCUCCCAAACCGGACUCGCUUCCACCAUAAACUCCCGCCAAACCAUAACCGUCCUAGCCCUCGCCAACGACGCAGUGUACCUGUUCGGCGACCAAUCAAUGGAAGACAACAAGGUAGUCCUCAGCCUCCACAUCAUUCUCGACUACUACGACAUCAAGAAACUCAAGAGCCUUAGCAAGAAAACAGCGAUACUCACCACUCUCUUCCAACAAAGCGGCCAAGCCAAAGGCCAGCAAGGGUUCGUAAACGUCACCGUUAAGGAUAACGGCGACAUUGCGUUCGGAUCCGCGGUUCCUGGUUCGCUCCUUGACUCUCAGGUUAUAGACUCGGUUGCGUCAGAGCCGUUCAACAUCUCGGUGCUCCAUAUUAGUAGCUAUAUACCUUUAAUGAAUCCUAAUCCUUCUGAUAAAAUUUAUACUUCGUCUUCACCACUUCCUGCACAAGCUCCUAAUGAUGAUGAUUAUGAGUAUGACGAGCCACCAUCCCCACCAUCAUCCUCUGUCAAGGCUAAGGCUCCUGCUGCUGCUAAGGCUGCUGCUGCUGCUCCUAAGGCAUCUGCUAGCAAAGCCAACUCAACAACUUCAGCUUCAGUUAUUAAUUCUCAGCUUGACUUGGCGUUUGCGGUCGUGAUGUCAUCCUUCUGGUUGUUCAUGACGGUUUAAUGACAUGAUGGUUAAAAGUUGACAACAGUGUGAAAGAAUGAAAAAAGAUCAGAUCAGCUUUUUGAGACCAAGAAAAUAAAAGAAGAUUGGCAGGGAAAAGAGUUCAAGUUAUCACCCAAAACACUAAAGAAGGAGCAAAGCUUGGAUCACAAGAAGAAAUAAGUGAGUUCAAUAAGGAUGGGGAAAGUUGUAAAACUCAAAAACUCUUUAUUUGUUUGGAAGCUUGGAUAUGAUCUUUAUUAAGUUGUGAAAGAUAAUAAUUGGUGCUUUGGCUUUUCUGACUAAAUGGUGCAUUGUUGUUUGGUUGCAUUACA